AUGGGUUUCCAAGCAGUCUGCAGGGCUCUAUAUGACUAUGUGCCACAGGCUGAUGCCGAGCUAGCCAUAACCGAGGGUGAUUUGCUAUACAUCCUGGACAAAAGUUCGGAUGACGGAUGGUGGAAGGCCAAGAAGAAAGCCAGCACUGACGAUGGCGAUGAACCGAUUGGUUUGGCCCAGCCGCAGGCAAAAGCUCGCGCAGUAUACGAGUAUACUCGUCAAACUGACGAAGAAUUAUCUUUCCCAGAAGACGCUGCGCUUUCAGUCUACGAUGCAUCAGAUGAGGAUUGGAUACUUGUAGGCCUCGGCGACGAAUAUGGCUUCGCGCCCGCCAACUAUCUCGAAAUGCAGGAUGGCGCCACCGAAGCAGCCGCUGUUCCACCUCCGGGACCUCCGUCCUUGCCAGUACGCCCGACGCCGUCCGCAGUGGACGAAGACCAUGAUUCUGCCGACCGAGCUGCCCCAUUUUCUUCUUCCCCCUCGUCUUCUCAUGGCAACCCAGCUGCUGCCUUGGCAGGGGUCAUGCAAGGACGCUCGGCACCUUCGGCAGCGUCGCCGCUGACAAGGUCGCCUACAUCGCCGUCAUACCACGCUGCAGACGAAGACGACGGAGAUAGGAUUCAGUCCCCCGAACUACCUACCAGGCCACGUUCUCAGAUCAGUUCUCCUCCGCCGCACGAGUCUGCACGCAGGCAGACCCGCAUGUCCGACACAAAUACCGCCGAGCCACCGGCGCAAUAUCUCGCGUCGGGAGGGUUCCAUAUGUAUAACAUCAAUGAGAUGGUAUCGGUCAUGGGAAAACGCAAGAAGAUGCCAACUGUUCUGGGCAUUAAUCUGGCAACUGGAACCAUCCUCAUCGCGCCAGAGAGGACGCAAGACGGCCCCACCCAGGAAUGGACAGCAGAAAAGAUGGUUCACUAUUCGCGUGAAACAAAACACGUCUUCUUGGAACUCGUCAAGCCGAGCAAAAGUGUUGAUUUCCAUGCCGGCGCCAAGGACACGGCUGAAGAGAUCGUAAGCGCUCUCGGUGAGCUGGCUGGAGCUGUUCGAGCUCAAGGAUUGCGCGAGGAAAUAUUUGCCGAUGCUGCCAAAACUCAGAAGAAGGGGCAGGUUCUAUAUGACUUUGUUGCACAGGGGGAUGACGAGGUUUCGGUAUCAGUUGGCGAUGAGGUCAUCAUCCUCGACGAUGCUAAAAGCGAUGAAUGGUGGCAGGUCCGGCGACUCAAGAACGGCAGGGAAGGUGUCGUGCCGAGUAGUUACAUCGAGGCGACUGGUAUAAUCUCGCCAGCAACCAGGGCAUCAAACCCGAACGCCGGUCUGUCCACAGUCGAACAGAAUCGACUGGAGGAGAUUCGAUUGACCAAGGAAGCCAUGAAAGCUGCCCAACUCGAUACACAAUCACAGGUAGGGCCUGGUAUGCCACUGCCUGAACGCGGCAGUAGUCUUACGGCAAGAGAAAGUGUUAGUAACUCUGGGCAGCGGAGCAAGCGCGAAACAGGACGAGGUGAAGGGAAUACACAAAGGAAACCCAAACCCGACGCAGCCAAGGUUCGAACUUGGACUGAUCGGUCAAAGUCCUUCAGCGUCGACGCGCAAUUUCUCGGCCUGAAGGAUGGCAAAAUCAAUCUGCACAAGAUGAACGGCGUCAAGAUUGCAGUUCCCGUCGCCAAAAUGUCACUGGAAGACCUCGAAUACGUCGAGGCUGUCACUGGCAUCUCAUUGGACGAAGAUAAGCCACUCUCCAGUGUUAAGAGAAACAGCAAGACUCCCGAUUCUCGUAGCACAUCCGGCGCAGCCUCAACUGCCAGGUUGGGAGCGGGCGCAUCUGUUGAACAGCCACCGCAGAAGCCAGAGUACGACUGGUUUCAAUUUUUCCUGUCGUGUGACGUUGCUGUGGGUGUAUGCGAACGUUAUGCGCAGGCAUUUGCCAAAGAAUCCAUGGAUGAGAGUAUACUUCCUGACGUUGACGCCUCGGUGCUGCGCAAUCUCGGCCUUCGCGAGGGCGACAUCCUCAAAGUCAUGCGUCAUCUGGAUACAAGAUUUGGCCGGACAGGUUCACGCGGGAAACGCAAUAAAGACGGCGCUGGCUCUGAUGACGAUGGUGGUGAAGGUGGUUUAUUCUCGGGUCCUGGCGGGGCUUUGCGCAAUAAUACCAGGAAGGGCAGGCCUGCACCUGCUGUCCAGACGAGCGACGUGGUAGACGCACAAGCAUUCGGUGCCCGAACAGAGAACAAAGCACCGGAGUCUCAAGUUGUGCAGACUCGGGAUGGGAACGGCGACCAGUCCAAGGGGGGGUUCGAUGAUGAUGCUUGGGAUGUCAGGCCUGGCAAAGCGGCCGAGGAGCCCAAGAAGGUGCAAGCUGAGCCGACGAAGCCAACGCCAGUGCUGACAGGGUCCAUGCAAGAGCUCUCUCUCCUUACGGCACCUCUAGAACCAACAAAGCCACUGUCGAGCCAAACAUCAGGGACCAGUCCUGCGACACAACCGCCAGCGGUAAGCCCGCAGCCGACUGGGGCCACGCCUGCUUUCUUUGCGCCUGCCAACUUGCCAAACACUCAGCAAGCUCAACAACAGGCUGCGCAGCGUCUGCGUCCUGCUCCUCCUCAGGCCUCGCCGACCCAAGGCUCUCUUGUGCCUCCACCACCAGCCCGCCCAUUGUCAGCUCCUCAGUCGGCACAGAACAGCGGAUUCGCGCCUCCUGCACUGGCCCCCCAAAUGACGGGUCUGAACUAUCAGACACGGGUCGCUCCUCCUGGUCAGAGUUUGGAUGAGGUAACUCAGGCACGACUUCAACAACAAUUUCUUCAACAGCAGCAGAUCCAGCAACAGCAGCAGAUCCAACAGAUGCAGCAGUUUCCAAUGCCUACUUACAGCGGUCAGCACCAGCUCGCGUUCCCGAAUGCUGGAGUCCAACCGGCGCCUCAGUUCGUGUCGGCUGGAAUGACGGGCACGAUCCCGCCACAGGCUACCGGCCCCUUUGGCGGCAUCAACCGCCAACCCCAAUUCUCUCCUAUGCAGCCUCAGGCGACAGGCUAUGUUGGACCAUAUCCGCAGGCGCAGCCCUUCAACCCGCAGCCUACGGGUACUAUCAACAGUUUCUUGCCACCAGCCUUGGAACCACAACGUACUGGCCUGCCUCCUUUCCAGCCCCAACCAACCGGCUUCACUGGCAAUGGUAGUGCGGCACAGAUACAGCCUCUUCAGCCUCAACAGACAGGACCUGCCCCUCCUGUGCGAUUUGGAGUCACGGGGGAGGCGAAGAGGCUCGCGCUCCAGCCCACAGGUCGACGAGCAAACCUGUCUCAAGCCACGCCUAACAACCCAUUCGGCUUCUAA